GGAAUCACAGGAGGACGUGACGCCGCGGCUCCAUCUACUCCCCCCCUCCCCGGUCCGCUCACUGUUUCCUGGCUCUCAGUCUGCGUCUCCCCGGGCUUUUUCUCCAGCGCAUGAAAGAGAAAGAGAAGCACAAGCAGAAAGAGACUCCACAACAAGUGCAGCCGCCCCCCUUUUCAUUUGCGGAAAGGUUUCUCCAGGCAGCGGCUCUGCGUCGGUGUGUGUUUGUGUGUGAGAGUGCGUGAGUGUGUGUGUGAGUUUGUGUGAGGGGUCUUGCAGGAGGCAGCAACUGCAGCUUUUCCACUCAACCUCCGCUUAUGACCUGAAUUAACCGAGAGUUUUUGCACCGGACGUGUUUUUGAACUUGUCACCAGCCACUUCGAGCUGUGUCCCAACGGCCGCUUUCAAGGUGUUAUUACUUCACACUUUGCAACAUGGCUGCUGCUGCCGCCGCUGCCGCCGCUGCUGCUGCUGCGGGAACCACCGUGCGGAGAAAAGUUUAACACCGACGUGGGAGAAGUUGGACGCGAGCUGCUGUAUGAGUUAUCUCCCGGAGAAGGAAGCGGGUCUCCCGGAGCCUGACACCGCCGUCCCCUGCCCCGGAGGAGCCGACUGAGAGCCGCCUCCUCCCGCGUCGUCCGCCCGCCGAUAGACAGACUGUCACUGCAGUGGACUUUGUGGUGAAACUGGUUCCUCUUCUUAUUCUUCUUCUUCUCCAUUGUUGAGCUGCUGGGACUCUCCCCAGGAGCUAAAAGACAACAUGCAUUUUUCCAUACCCGAAACAGAGGUCCGUUCAGGAGAAAAUGGGUCGACAUAUGUGGCCUACAACAUCCAUGUGAACGGGGUCCUGCACUGUCGGGUACGCUACAGCCAACUUCUUGGCCUCCAUGAACAGAUAAAGAAAGAAUAUGGCAGCAACGUGGUGCCUGCCUUCCCCCCAAAGAAAAUCUUCACACUGACUCCUGCUGAGGUCGAACAGAGACGGGAACAGCUGGAGAAAUACAUGCAGGCUGUGCGUCAGGAUCCGUUGCUGGGAGCCAGUGAGAUGUUUAACAGCUUCUUAAGGAAAGCACAGCAGGAGACGCAGCAGAUUCCCACAGAAGAUGUUGCUCUGGACAUCUGCCUCUCCAACGGUCAGAAGGUCACUGUCAACAUUCUGACCUCAGAUCAGACGGAGGAUGUCCUGGAUGCCGUUGCGACAAAGCUCGACCUUCCGGACGACCUUGUUGGUUAUUUCAGUCUCUUCCUCAUUCGUGAGGGUGUGGAUGGAGGUUUAACAUUUGUGCGGAAGCUGCAGGAGUUUGAGCUGCCUUAUGUAUCCAUCACCAGCUUGCGGAGUUCUGAAUUUCACAUACUCCUACGGAAGAGCUAUUGGGACAUGGCGUACGAUGGUGAUGUGAUCGACAACAGAGUCGGCCUGAAUUUGUUAUAUGCCCAGACAGUGUCUGACAUUGAGCGAGGCUGGAUACUCGUCAACAAGGACCAGCACAGGCAGCUCAAAUCACUGCAGGAGAAAGGAUCCAAGAAAGAGUUCAUCCAUCUAGGCCAGACGCUCAAAUAUUAUGGCUACAUCAAGUUUGACCCGUGCGUUACCGACUUCCCCGAGAAGGGCUGCCAAGUCAUCGUCAGCGCCGGCAACAACGAGCUCAACUUCCACGUCAAGCUGCCCAACGAGCAGAUGAAGGAGGGGAGCUUCAAGGUCACGCGCAUGAGGUGUUGGCGGGUCACGUCUUCUCAAGUCCCAACCGCCAACGGUACAACCAAUCCCUGCAACUCGGCCAAAUGCGAGGUGAAGCUGGAGCUGGCCUUUGAGUAUCUGAUGAGCAAGGACCGCCUCCAGUGGGUCACCAUCACAAGUCAACAGGCGAUCAUGAUGAGUAUCUGCCUCCAGUCUAUGGUGGAUGAAUUAAUGGUGAAGAAGUCAGGGGGCAGCAUUAAAAAGAUGCUGAGGAAACGACACAACGGCUCCAUCCACCGAACAGACAGUCAGCAAGCUGUGAAAUCACCCCCCCUGCUGGAGUCCCCCGACCAGAACCGUGAACAAACCGUCAAACUCUCUACCAAGCUGAGCUCGGUGUCCCUCCGAGGGAUCAGCGCCUCCAACUCGGCAAACGACAUCAGCGGCAACGACUUCCACGGCAACUACGCGUUUGAGGGAAUCGGGGACGACGACCUGUAACCCCCUCCCCCCUCCUCCGAUCCUCCCUCCUCCCCUCUUCAUUCCACUGUCAACAACUGGGAGGACAAAGAUUAUGAGCUGAGCUGAGCCGAGCCGAGCAAACCACACACACACACACACACACACACACGUGUCCGAUUCUGCAAGAUUGUAGCUUCCUCCUGGAGAAAUCGCUGCCUUAAGCUCUCGUGUAAUCGUCAACAGCGUCCUUUUUUUUAAUACUCACUUCUAAUUUGCAUUUAGGUCAAAAUCAUCCGAAUCAGUUGAAGCGUCGACUGUUUUUUUAUUUUAACUCGUGGCAACACACAAUAAAUAGCACGUAAGGCUACAGGUACUCAAACAGAACGUGUUUCUGUAUGCUACUGCUUCUGUUUCAGUCGCAUAGGUCCCUGUUUCAUCAGCAGUACGUGUGUAGCUCUUUAAUACAGGUAGAGUCUCGAGGUACCGCGCAAAAACUAAUAUAGUCUGAAUUCCAUGAAGAAAACCUGCUUCAUCCUGGAUUCUUCCCCCAGCGGCUGCAUGUUCCUGUCUAACCAGAGAGCCAAAUGUUCAGUUAGACCUGGCACUAGUGAUAAAAGAGCAGAGCCCGAUGUGUGGAAAUUGAUCUCAUAACUAGAGAUUAUUCAGAGCAACUGCUUGUAUGUGGAUGGAAUGGUUGGCUUGGCUAUAUACCAAAAUGUCAUAUUUUUAUACUGUCAGUGAUCAUCAUGCUCUUCGCGUGCCAAGUCUGUAAAUAUCUUGAAGGAGACAUACUAUGCUAUUUUUCAGUUUCUCUUUCCUCUAGUGUUUUUAUAGCCUGUGUGUGUAAAAAGUCAAAAAUGUCAAAAGUCCACAUUCAAGGGAGCUCUUCUGCUCCCGAGCCAACAUGGCUCCUGAGGCUUCUGAGGCUCCUGAAGCUCCAAAAGCUCCUGAAGCUAAAGAAGCUCCUGAGGCUCCUGUGGCACCUGACGCUCCUGAUGCUAAAGAAGCUCCUGAGGCUCCUGAAGCUCCUGAGGCUCCUGUGGCACCUGAAGUUCCUGAUGCUAAAGAAGCUCCUGAGGCUCCUGAAGCUCCUGAGGCUCCUGAAGGCAGCCAGAUAAUCUUGUUCUGGAUUUAAUGUCCAGCGUACUUCUCUUUAGCCUGUUGUCUAGUUAAACACUUGUUGUCUGACCAACACUUCCGCCCACAUUCCACUCUUAGUGGCUGGUAACAAAGCCAAGUAAAGAGAGAGCACUGGAACAGAGUGGGUCAGCUGGCCAAUCAGAAUUGAUUGGCCAGCUGUUAUCAGGAGUUUGGGGGGGCCUUAAAGAGACAGGAGCUAAACCCAAGCCUUUCAGACAGAGGCUGAACAGAGGAGCUGCUGCUGCAAUGGACAGUUUGAGGAAAGAGUUUUCUGAACAUACAACAAUAACCCAAAUUUACAAUUCAGAAUCUGAGCAGAAUAUGUCUCCUUUAACAAGAUACCGGUGGAGUUUCCAUCUUACGUCGGAGGCACAGUCUCUCAUGCUGCCUUCAGAAGUCGUCUGAUGCCUUAACUUUUCCUUUUUUUUAAUGAUUUUUGCCUCGUGGAUUCCCUUGUCAUCCCAACGCGACGCUAGCUCAAACCGUAAAUAAGCGUCAACCGGUGUGUCCCAGUAUCUUGCAGAACUUGAUGGAUGGUUGAUCUGGCCGAGCUGCUUGCACUUGCUGAACCCAUCGUUAUUGCACAGUAUUACAGGUGGAGAUGAAUGUUCGAGUGGAAGCUUGAGCGCGACUUAAAACACUUUGUGGAGUUUUGUUUUCCAAGGGGGCUCAGUAAAUCCAUCUGUGAUUCUUCUUCUUCUUUUUUUUUGUUUUUACAAUUUUUUAAAGGUUUCUCAUUAAUGCCAAAUUAUAGUUUACUAAAGCAUUUUGCACAGAAUAUAAACAAAAAAAUUAUGACAAUGUCACUUUUUAUAUUAUGUACAUGCAAUUAAGUAUUCUGAACAUUUACUAAUAUCUUUAUCAUCUUAGCUUAUUGUAAUCGAAUAGAUCAAAUGUAAUCUAAGCUGUAUAGAACAAAAAGUUUUAAGUGGACUAACAUUUAUCGUUGUUUACAUAAUGUUUAGGGGACUUUUUUGUGUGUUUUAGUUCAAAUGGAAAGUGUUUACAAAUUUUGCAUUUGAUUUUCUCUGUCUUGUUCUGGUUGGGGCGAGCACCAGUGGAGCAUUGUUAGGGGCUUCAGUUCAUUUGGAAUCUGUACGUACAUUGUGCCAAUCAUCUCAGAGGAGUCACGCUCACGUGAUCACAAUUGCUGGAGUGAGGGAACGUUCAUGGAGGGCGGGCGACCAACACAUCCCGCCGUCGUUCCAUAUUUUUUUAAUAGCAGUCGUUUAAAAAAAAAAAGAACGGCUGCGUCUCAGCCUUUGUUGAAGCCUCUAAAUGUAAAUCGACGCCCAACCUGUCAGCAGCUCUACCGGUAGCCACAACUGUAAAGAAAAUGUUCUCGAGAUAUGUCUUGUUCUUUCACUGCUGUGCUUCAUCUCCUGUCUUCAGUUGUAUCUGUAUCUAGAGGGACGUGGACACCAGCCGUCUUUUAUUUUCUCACUUCCUGUCGCCACCAAGUGCACGGAAGCCGCAAGGUCCCGGGUGUUUUUAAUGUGUAGGUGCCAAAUCACACGUGGAGUGCAUUAACGCCAGCGCCACUAUUAAACUAAAUGUCCAACUUUCAUGAAAACUCUAUUGACUUGAUUCAUUCCACUGUUCAUCAUUUUGAUUUGAGUGGUAAGGUCGGGGACAAGUCUGUCCUGUCUGUCUGUCAUGAUGCUCAAAUAAAUUCUGAAAUGAGA